CCAAUAUUUAAAAAAGCAUUAUAUUUACAAGACAGCGUUUAUAAAUCCCAAGCAGUUUUCUCUUCUCUUCUGCAAACUCUUGUCUAUAUAUUAGUAUAUAUUUUUUAAAUUUUUUCUUUUCUCUCUUUCACAUAAUCAAAAAUGCCCAAGGCAAAGAAGUCACAGGUCGUCCAUCUGACAAAAGUUCAGAGCAAAGGUCAGAAGGGACGCGGUGCUGUCAUGAAGGCUGUGCAGGAGGCUGCUUCGGCCUACGACUACGUGUGGGUGUUCUCGGUUGAGAACAUGCGCAAUCAAUAUCUCAAGACUGUGCGCAGUAACUUUAAGACGAGCCGGUUUUUCUUCGGCAGCAAUAAGGUGAUGGCCAAAGCGCUCGGCAACGAGCCCGAAACCGAGAUCAAGGAGAACAUUCACAAGAUCAGCAACGCGCUUGUCGGCGACGUGGGUCUGUUGUUCACCAACGAGUCCGUGGAGUCUGUGAAGAAGAGCUUCGACGAGUACGAGGCUGACGACUAUGCGCGCGCUGGAAACAUUGCAACCUACCGGGUGGUUGUUCCUGCUGGCGAGGUUUUCCGCGGCUAUGCCAAGGAGCCCUUCCCCAACAACAUGGAGCCCGAGAUGCGCGACCUGGGUAUGCCCACCCGCCUGAGAGAGGGCAAGAUCACCAUUGAUUCGGACUAUGUCAUCUGCGAGGAGGGCGACAGGCUCACUUCGCAGCAGUCCCGGCUGUUGAAGCACUUCUGGGAGAAGAUGGCUGUGUUCAAAAUCAAGCUUAUGUGCCACUGGCACAACAGCGGCGAGUUCGUCCAGCUUGUGGGCAGCGAGGCCUCUGCCGAGGAGUCGGAGGAGAGCGACGAGGAGAUGGAGUAACUGCAAGCAACAUUUGGAUUGUCGAGUGCAUCCUGCUGCUUUAAUUUUGAAAGUAACAUUAAAAAUACACACAUAUUUUCACUCAAACUCUUCGAAGCCAAUUUGUUUUGUUAAUGUUGUAUGUGUUAAUGUUAUCGCAGAUGAAAGGUUGCAUAAUA